UCGAUCAGAUAUUUCAACAAGUGGUCGCCGUGCAAAACAGCCCGAGUGGUAAAGUCAGACUGCUCCUGCUAAGUGAAAGUGCUAAAUUUGAACAAACACAUUCAGUUUAUUCAGUGCAAAUACCGUGGUCAAUAUUAUGGUUUUUUCAUGUUGUGAUCAAGUUUUCUGGCGUUGAAAUUUUUUUCCAAAUAAAAUCAUUUACGAGAACAUCAAUAUAUUUUUUAUUCAAAAAAGCCAAAAAAGAAAAUCGGAUUUUCCGCCAAAACUUAAAUUCAAUCAACGAGCCGAUUUGUACGUUCAUCAAUUGAUUUGGGAUUCUACGCAUUGACCGCAUUUUUGGCGUGCUGUAUAGACAAAUUCAACGAAAAAAAAAACCAUUCUUGCGAACAUAUUUGCAAGCAUGGAUUUAUUGACUUUUCUGCGUGUAAUUGUAUUAGUUACAAAUGGUGUUUAUUGCUUCGUUCCCCGCGGCGACAUGGAAUCAUCAGCAACCAAAGCAAUAACACUUCCAAUACAACCACAAAUCGCUCAAGCCAAUGACAUAUCCGUUUAUGACCCCGGAGUCGGUGCGGACAGAUUAGGCGAAGACAUAUUCAACAGUGAAGUGGAAGGCGAUGUAGCUGAUGAUUUCACUGUGAAUGGAAAUAAUUUGGAUGUGAGUCGAAUGCUUGAAAAUCUUCGAGAAGAGAUUAAAUUCGAUGAGAGCAUUGCGAUGAAGUCCGCCAUGUUGCUUCGGCUACUUGAGGCAACAUCGACAAAGUCUCCAUUACCGGUUCUGUACGUCGAAGGUGAAGUUGAUGAUCCAGUAGAUGAUGAUUUACCGAUGAACAAGCGAAGUGGCCGAUACUACCGACGGUAUCCGUGGAAACGACAAAACACACGGUCAAGAACAAGAUACGAGUCUGAAUCGAGGUACCUCUGCGUGCCGAGUCGUGAAGAUGUAUUCAAAUUAUUGGUGGGAUUACAUGAGAAUCGAAAUGGAAACAAUCACAAAACAGUUCAUUUUUGCAACCGAAAACGUCCCGCCAAGGCUAUAUUCACCAACAUUCGAUUUUUAGGAUAAACAUCCAGUCAAAGUUCCGUUAUAGUUUUGAAAUUGUUACGAAAAGUGUACGAUGACCAUGUGUGCGGAAAAAAAAAUAAAGAGACAGAGCUUUCGUUUUACUUCAUUUUGUUUGUAAACAUUUAUGUUUCAUUUGUAUUUUGACUAAUGUUUUUGAAAAGUAAACACAAAUAUUCUAAUGUAUUCAAACUCUAUACAGCUUUCAAAACUAAAAUAAUUGUAACUAAAUAAACUCAAUGUGAAAAUAUAUCUAAAAAAAAUAUGUAUUAAAACAGUUAUAAAAAGUUUGCUGUAGGAAUUUCUUGUCGCGCAGUUAAAAAAAUAUAUAUGAACUAUUUGUAAUGCCGAACAAAUCAAUUGCAAAUGAAAUUGAUUUCGGCAACAAUUUUAUCUUAUCAUAUUCAAAAUUUAUCGCACAUUUGAUCAAUAUUAAUCUAUUUAAAUUUAUUCAAAUAAAAACUGAACAACUCAAAACCUGUACGAAAAAUAAAUUUGAAAUGAAAUCGAUAGGACGGAUAGUGUUGCAAAUGAUUUGGAGCCAUUUCAAAUGUGUUGAGACGUAAAAAAAAAACAAGGGAAUAAUCAUUCACUAUUUUCGAGGGAAGUACAUUUACAUUGCAAUUAACCACAUCAACCAUUCCAAAUCUUUUCAUCGGGAGCAGAAAAAUAAAAUUAAAAUUAUACAUAAUUCAAAUGAAAACCAUACCACAUAGAUUUAUUAUCAGUUGUUGUAAAUACAUUUUCGACAUUAGUCUACUUC